AUGGCUAAGAAGACGCAUGGAAAGAACCUUGGCAAGAAGGGACUCAUGGCCGCUUUGGCUCGACAUGUAGUUUUGGAAAAAUCGCAACUGCAGUUGGCCAAAAAGGAAGCUUUACAGAAAGAACAUCUGGCUCAGAAACAGCAAUCUAUGAAAGGAGGGGGGAAAGUUAAUAAGAACAAAAAGAAACAGCAGUUGAAUUUACAAAAGAGUGGAUACAUACCAUUCAAAAAAGGAGAUAGAGUGCUCUUGGUAGGAGAAGGAGAUUUCAGUUUUGCAAAAUCGAUCAUAGCCCAACAGUACAUUGAGCCAGAGAACUUGAUUGCUACAUCCUAUGAUUCCUAUGACGAAUUGGUAGCUAAAUAUCCCAAUGUGGAAGACACUGUCAAACUGCUUAUUGAAAGUGGAGUGAAGGUGAUUCAUGAAGUAGAUGCUUUGAAUAUGGUAGCAUCAUUGAAGUUAACUCCAACACCAAAACUGAAGAAAGCAAAAGUAGAACUCUUUGCUGAUCAUGCAAAUUUGGACUAUAUCAUGUUCAACUUCCCUCACACGGGACGUGGGAUGAAAGAUGUAGACAGAAACAUCAGAGAUCACCAGCAGCUAGUUCUUGGCUACUUCAAGAGUUGUAACCAGGUUUUUGACAUUGUUAAUAACCAGAUCAAAGACGAUUUCGCAGGCUAUUCUGCUUCUGAUGAUUCCACAAAUGUCGGGAAAGUAAUACUAUCACUUUUUGACGGAGAACCGUACAGUUCUUGGGGAGUUAAGAUUCUUGGAAGAAGCGAAGGUUUCAGAGUUGAUCGGUCCGCCAAAUUCGACUGGCCACUGUACCCAGAAUAUCACCAUAGAAGAACAAACAGUACCAGAGAUACUACCAAACCAGCAGCUGAAAGGGAUGCUCGGAUCUAUAUUUUUGAAAAGUUCGAUAAGAAAGAAGCUGAUGAAAAGGAAAGAAGGAGGCGCAACGAUGAGGAUUCAGAUGACAAUUAG